AUGGGGUGGAGACCCGAGAACAACCCAUUAGACCUCAACAACUUGCCUGAGGAUUACUCUAGAGAUGGUAAACAAGUCCUUGAUGAAGGCUCCUCCUCUGGCUACAGGAAAAAGAAAAGCGGCGCUAAGGAUGGGAAAGAAGAGUGUGGUAAGGUCUAUGAGUGUAGGUUUUGUUCCCUCAAGUUCUGCAAAUCUCAAGCUCUCGGAGGGCACAUGAACCGACACAGACAAGAGAGGGAGACAGAAACACUGAACCGGGCUCGCCAACUGGUCUUCAGUAGUGAUAGCCUAACCACCCCUGGGGGUCACCUAGGCUGCCAUCCCAUGGGAACAGGGAACUACCUUCCAGCAGGCAACAUUGGAGAUCCAUUCAGAUCAGUGUACCCACCAAGACUGUUGCCUGGCUCUUCAUCAACUCUGUUGCCACCACCCGCACCAGCACCAGCACCACAACCUCCUCAUCAAUCAUAUCUAUACACGUCUCCUUCACGCUUGCCAGCUUCGUAUAACUCACAGUAUCCUCAACAGCCCAUCAACGAUUACUACAUUGGACAUGUACUCAACGGCACUUCACAAACGUACCCUCCCCUCCAUAACAUGAACUACAGCAUGGGUGGCUCAGAAUCCAAUUACACUUGCAUUGGUGCACCGGUAGGUCAUGGUGGGUUCGGACCAGCUGGUUCAAGCCGUAGCACGGAAAGAAGUGGUAGAGAUGGAUCACUGACCAACCAGGACGAGGGUUUGAAUUGGGGAAGGAGCUUGGCAGCAGGAGGACAGCAGCGUUUGGAUCAUCCUUCAUCGAUCAAUCGGUUUCAAGAUGGGUUUUAA